CACCUCAGUCCUUCAUGGCCCGACCAAAACCAUGAACUAAACUCGAUUGAGCGGGUAAAAAGAAAAUUGCCCUGAUGUGGUCAGAAAUGGGCGUGUCCAACACAUUCACCUGUGAAAGUCAGAAGAUAGAGGCACCCAUGAUGUCAAGAUGCUGGGCCAAUGCUCUCUAAGCUGAUCGGUACAGAGAUUAGACUUGCACAAGACGUAUUGCCGCAAUUUCUUAACGGGAUGAGCGACUAAAUUUCAUUGAAACGGGUGCAAGCAGUCCAAUAAUCAUGCAGGCCCGCAGAUUUUCAUGAGCCAGCAUGAAUGGCCGAGCGAGCAGGUUGGAAAGGCAGGCCUCAGCACGCCUGCAUGGAGGCAUCUCCUGGAGCAAGCUGCUGAUUGCUGCAGCUGUCCUUACUGCCGUCUGCAUCAUCUUCCUGAACUCCAACCGCAUCCCUCACCUGGAUCUGAAUGGGGGUUCGAGAAUGCGGCUUCGUGUGAAGCAGGGUUUGUCCUACACAGAAACCCUGCCGGGGGCGGAACAAAAUCCUGAAAAUCCCUGGUACCCAUCCACAGAUUACUUCCCCGUUGCCAGCUCAGCUGACAGCCGCGCGGAAGCUUCCUCCCAGGAAGCUCUCUCCGGGGAAGCUGCCGGGAACGCCCGCAACUACGAGCUGUGGCAGCAACGGGACGACUUCCUUCCCUCGACAGAAGUUGACAGCGCGCAGGAGGGAACACAGCUGCAGACAGGCCAAGUAGUGAAAGCUGACAUGGCGAUGACUGCUGCUGACUGGGCGCAGCAGCGGCAGCUGGAGAAGAUGAGCAGUGACUCCAACAGCUUUAGGGGGGUUGACACCUCUGCGCAGCAGGAGCCCAUCGGCCAGAUUGGCAUGCAGGAUCCAAACAGCUUUGGUAAGAGUGCUAGCAUCACCGACAAAAAGACUGGAGGAGAUCUGGCAGACGGCGCCACAGAUGACCAACUUACAGGGGAUCGGCGGCAGGGGGGUGAGGCAGAGGGGAUUGCGGCGAGUGGAGAGGGUUUAGAGGGGGAGCAGGGGUCUGGGGAGCAGGGUUCAGGGGAGGGAAGCGAAGAGGAGAAGGACACGUGGAUGGUGAAGAUCUACAAGGAGAUGGAGCAGAAGAGCAAGGAGGAGGUCAAAGACCCCGCGUUAGAGAACGGCUCGCGGAUAUUCGAAUUGGACGAAUCAGACCCGGUCGUGCAGCGCCUGAUGGGGCUGGUGAGACAGCUGGACCCUUCAAUAGCAGAGAGUGGCAACGAUGAGCGGCACCCAGGCUCUGGUCAGCAUACAGGGGCCUCUCAGCUGCGGCUGGUGGGUCUAUACAAGGAUGCUGGAAAGGCAGAGCCGCACAGGAAUGCCAAGCUGGACACUUGGAAGGAGGACUUGGCUGCUAAGACGGAGAGGCUGGAAGAGGCUAAGAAGGAAGAGCGGGCUCGGCUGCAACAGGAGCAAGCAGCGCUGUACCCUGACAUCCCUGUGGUCACUGGUGUCUUGGAUCAGCCCAACUCCGCAGCUGACAUCGACAAGGAGGGGGAAAACCGGCCGGCAAGGUUGGAUGAUCUCUUGGAGGGGGAUGAAUUGGAGCAGCGUCUGCGCGAGGAAGGAAGGCUGGAUGACUUACUAAAAGACCCGGAGCUCAUCCCGGACUGGACCACCCAGUUUUCUGCGCAGCAGAAUGCUGCUUUAUAGUAUUGCAAUUGUAUAUGACCUGAAGGGAGCAUUGAUGGUGAAAAGUUGCUGCCAGGAAAGUAGAUUGUAAAAGCGCUCGAGUUGCC